AUGGCUAUAGUUCCAAUCUCUGUUGUGGUGAAGGCGGAAAGAGGCUUUUCUUUUGAUGUUCCUGCAGAACCGUAUGAUAUCGCUUAUAAUAUGUACUUUCAAAACUACGAAAACGCACAACUGUGUACACUCUCGGCCGUUGUUAAUAAUAAUAAUAAUAAUAGUAAUAAUAGUACACUCUAUACAUAUUGGGGGUGUCCUAUUCAUACAGAGGAGGUGAAUGCACAUUUAUUAUUACCUCUCACUAUAGAGGAAAUAGUAUAUAUAACGACCACAACUAAUAAUAAUAGUAAUAAAGAUAUUAAUAUUAAUAAUGAUAAUAAUAGAAAUAAUGAUAAUAAUAAUAGUAAUAGUGUGAGUUCCUGUGAUGAAAAGGCCGCACAAUCGUUAUUACAUAUAUUACAAAAUAUUACAAUGACUAAUUCCCUCGCCGCUAGUGGAAUAGCCAUUGUACUCUCCACACACAAUAAUAAUAAUACAUCUCUCUUAUCAUCUCCUCUAAUAAAAAGAGAAAGAAGAGAAGAAAGAAAAUAUGAUAUGAGUUGUUUUCUUGAAGCUGUAAAGAAUUAUAAUGAGAUGGAGAAACGAAUACGGGGUUCGCUUCCACUAAUUACAGCUGUAGCGUUUUCAGAUGAUCAACAACAUUUAUUUUUCUCUGGUGGACGUCCUCCUUAUUCUACUAAUAUGAAUAGUAACAAUCAUUCUCCAUCAAAAGAAAAAAAUGAAGAAGAGAAAGAAGAAGAAUUGUUAUUACUUCCACGUGAAGUGCGAAGUGCUUAUAAUUUUAUACUUCUUUAUUAUCCAAUGAAUAAGAGUAGAAAUGAGUGGAUAUCUCUUCUACAUUCAGCUGAAAUGAACCGUGUGCGAUGGGGAAAAGGUUAUGUCUAUCCACAAUCUUUAUUAGAAAUACGUAAUGGGAUGAAACUCGCAGAAUCCUCCAUAAUACCAGUAAAAGAAACAACAACAACAACA